AUGGUCUUCGCCGCUGACGUUUCCUACCCCCCCAACCCCAUCCUCUCAAACCCCAUAGGAAACGCCCAAACAACCCUCCCCCCAGGCGACUCCUCCUCCCUGAUCCUAGUCCCCGCAACCCCCACCGAGCGCCUCACCGUCCUGAAACUCAACAGCAUAGUCUGGAAAGGCCCUCUCAAAGUAUCCGCUUACAUCGCCCGCGAAGACCACCUCAAGCAGCAGCAACUCACGGGGAAUCGUUUGACAUGCUGGAUUCUGGUUGAUCGUGCACAGGAGCCGAACAACCGCACGAUUUUUGCUUCGUGUGAGUCGUUUAAGAAAGGCGCUGUUGUGGCGUAUGGCGGAAAGGUCGAGGAGACGGCGACGCAUGGGGUGGGCAGUGUUUAUUGUCGGCCGGAGUUUCGGGGGAUGGGGUAUGCGAAGAGGAUGAUGGAGGAGUUGGUCGUUGAGUUGGAGACGUGGCAAAUGGAUAAGGAAAGGGAUGGGAUGGAGAAGACGUUGUUUACAGUGUUGUGGUCGGAUAUUGGGAAGGGGUUUUAUAGGCAGUUUGGGUGGGAGCCGUUUGACUCAGCGCAUGUUGAGUUGGUGCCGAUUGAUGAGAGGGAGUUUAUGCGCGAGUUGCCUGGGGUCGAUUUGCCGGGGGCUAGAGAUUUGACGGCGAAGGAAGUCCAUAACGCUAUGUGCAGCGAAGAGGUGGUGAAGAAAGAGUGGGAGUUCCUGCGUGCUGCGUCUCUCAAAUCUCCUGGCGCAAAGGUCGCUGUCAACCCUGACUUUGAGCAUUUCACAUGGCACUGGGCUCGUGAAGAGUUUUAUGCCGAACGACUUCGUCCAGAGAAAGGUGCUCCGGUGAUCAAGGGCGUUGGCCAUGAUGGCGCUGGUGUGUAUUGCGCUUGGAACCGGAACUUCGGCGAAACACCCGAGGAAAACACCCUGUUCAUUCUGCGAUGGGUUUACGAUGAACCAACGACCCCAGCGCAGACGGAGGCCACCAUCGAAGCCAUGGCGGCAAUCCUACGACGUGCUCAGCGCGAGGCGCAUGAAUGGGGCAUGGCGAGGAUUGAGUUCUGGAACCCGGCUCCGUUGAUGCAGAAGGCUGUUUCCUUGCUGGAUUCGACCGCCGAGGUCAUCCAUCGUGAGAAGAGCAGUAUCGCUAGUUUGAGAUGGAUUGGUGGUGAACAGGGAUUGGGUGAUGAUGUUGAGUGGUUCUGGAAUGAGAAGUAUGCUUGGUGUUGA